GCGAGGGGCCGGCCCGGCCGGGCGGGGAGUGCGGGUCGUUUCUGUGCGCGCUGCCGGACGAGGCUUCCGCCGCCGAUUGACCCGCGCUCCGCCCCGUAGCCGGGUCGGAUAGAUGAAAUGUAAAAUGCUCAGCACCGGCCUUGAUGGGCGGGAACAUGCUCCAGUAUGGAUGAUUUCUUCACCAUUCCACUGUGAUGGAUCCUGGUGGCUAAUGUCAGAAGAAAGUGACUCUCUGCGAACCAGCCCUUCUGCGGCCUCACUUUCGGAAAAUGAGCUGCUGCCGCCACCCGAGCCCCCUGGCUACGUGUGCACGCUGACAGAGGAGCUGGUCACCAAAGCCCGGGAAGAACUGCAGGAGAAGCCAGAAUGGAGGCUGCGGGAUGUGCAGGCCCUUCGUGACAUGGUGCGAAAAGAGUGCCCCAACCUGGGCACCUCCCUGGACGAUGCCUUCCUGCUGCGCUUCCUCCGAGCCCGCAAGUUCGAUUACGACCGGGCCCUGCAGCUCCUGGUCAACUACCACAGCUGCAGGAGAAGCUGGCCUGAGGUCUUCCAUAACCUGAGGCCGUCGGCCUUGAGAGAUGUCCUGGCAUCUGGGUUCCUCACCGUGCUGCCCCACACGGACCCCCGGGGCUGCCAUGUCCUCUGCAUCCGCCCAGACAGAUGGAUACCAAGCAACUACCCAAUCACCGAGAACAUCCGGGCCAUCUACUUGACGUUAGAAAAACUCAUUCAGUCUGAAGAAACCCAGGUGAAUGGAAUUGUAAUUCUUGCGGACUACAAAGGAGUGAGCUUAUCAAAGGCAUCUCAUUUUGGCCCUUUUAUUGCCAAAAAAGUGAUUGGCAUCCUCCAGGAUGGUUUCCCCAUUCGGAUAAAAGCAGUCCAUGUAGUGAAUGAACCGCGGAUAUUUAAAGGCAUUUUUGCCAUCAUAAAACCAUUUCUGAAGGAGAAAAUAGCAAACAGGUUCUUCCUCCAUGGGUCUGACCUGAACUCUCUCCACACAAACCUUCCAAGAAGCAUUCUCCCCAAGGAGUACGGGGGCACGGCCGGCGAGCUGGACACUGCCACCUGGAGCGCGGUGCUGCUGGCCUCAGAGGACGACUUUGUGAAGGAGUUCUGCCAACCCCAACCCACCUGUGACAGCGUGCUAGGCCAGGCGCUGCUGCCGGAGGGACUGACCUCGGAUGCCCAGUGUGAUGACUCCAUGCGAGCCAUGAAGUCUCAGCUGUACGCCUGCUAUUAGUCAGGCCUCUGUGUCAUCGUCCUGCAGUCCUGUCCUGUUUUCUUUGGAGAGGCACAAGGACAACUUAAGAUGGCAAGGAUUCAGCUUCAUUCUGUAAUUAAACAACACAAAGGAACAGCCUGUAGAGCUUUGCGGCUGAGCCCUCGGGGGGUAAGCCUUUGGUUAUUGAAUUCACACAUGGAAGACGUGGAAAAUAUCCAGUGAUUCCCAAUGUUUAGAAUCCCAGUUGGCAACUAAUGGACCUGGGAGCUGUGUCUGGUUCUGAAUGCAUCUUGAAAGCAAGAAAAAAUCAGAAUCAGGACCACAGUCACAGUGAUCCCUCGUCCUGGGAGAAAACAACCUGAUUGGCCAGGCCACAGACCUCGCCUGUUGAACAGUUUGGUCAAACCUAUAAGGUGGCCAAACAGAAACUUGGGGAGUUUGUGUCUGUCACGCGAACCCUAACUACAGGGUUUGUGUCUGUUGCUCAUCGGGAAACUUCACGUCUGAGACCUACGCCCCAGUUGCCGUCACUGGGUUUGAGAAUCCCCUUAACUAAAUCAUGUAAGCAUCCUGGUCAGAUCUGGAAGCCAGACUUCAAAGCACCCCUGGGAUUCAUUGGUUGAAUAUUGCAAUAGAAAUUAAGUUUUCCCAACCCCAUGAAGCCUUAGCCCUGAUUUUUAACAGAAUCCUACAAGAGUGUGAUUUUACUCAACGUGAAAUACUAGAUUUCAGCCCUGUGUAGCUAAACGAAUUCUGGCUGAGGAAUCAGAGAUGUGGGCUCCAGGUGUGUGACUGUGGAUGAGAUGUGGGCCUCUGUGGGCCUCAGCCUUCUCUUCUCUAAAAUGAGACUGGAUGAAAUCAUGUCUAGGGCCCUUUUGGCUACAGGGGUUCGGGGUUUGGUUUAGCUACAAUGUUAGGUUUCCUGCCUAGAAAGAUGACUGUAGAGACAGGUAAUUGAAUCUUAUUUCUUUGCGGUAGACAUGAGUCUUUCCAUUCGGUCCUGUCAUUCAAGAAAUGAGUAUGUCUGUUCCCUGGUUUCUGUGAUACUGGCUUCCAUUAAAGGGGGCUUUAGGGGCCAACAGAUGGCA